UUAGUCGUUUAGGCCGAGACUUGGCAGUCUUUUUUGUGGAGAUUCUUUUUGACCUUAUCGGGAGAACUUUCUUAUAUUAGUUGGAACGCGUUCUGGGACCAAGUUCAGUGCUUUGGAACGCAUCAUCCAGUGUGGAGCAGUUUUCGUGGCUGCUUGUGGCGAGAGUUGGGAAACCAUCUGGAAAUGGUUUUUUGGUUGAUCCGGUGGAAAUAGUUUUGUGUGUGUUUGUGGACUUGGUGUUUGCUUAUCGCAACAUAUUUGAGUGGACUUGAAAGUGCUCUCGAAAUGGAAGGAAGAACUUUGAUGCUGUGCAGCUUCCUUGUUGUGCUGGUAGCCGUGGCACGAUGUGGCGCAAGUCGGUCCGACGUCCGGCAGCAGCUGCGCUCCGAGGUGGUGUACAGCGAGCGGAACCACAAGGAGGGACGCUACAAGUACGGUUACGCGGUCAAGAAGGGCGAAUCGCAGUUCCACCACCAGCGAUCGCUGGACGGUGCGAUGUACGGAUGCUACGGCUACGUGGAUCCCCAGGGUAAGCUGUUCAUAACGCACUACCUGGCGGACAUGGCCGGCUACCGGCUGGUGAAUAUGGCUAACCCGGACCGGAAGCUGGCGGAAAGGAUCCGGAACUUGGGUACCGUGGAUAGCCCAAUUGAUUUGCAACAUUUGUUCCCGGCAGAGUGUCAGGAGGACGGGGACAUGAAAACGCUGAAGGAAACGGCUGAUGCAAUGAAGGCGUCGCUGGCGGAAUCUGGCGAUCAGAUCGCGUCUUACCGUUCACGAUCGACAUCGCACUCGGUAUCUUCUGGAAGUCAUCGAUCAAGCUCGCAAACGGGAUCUUCAGAGAGAGAACAUUCAAAAACCACAGGAUCAUCAGACUUGUUGAAGAGUACUUCAAACAUUGAAGUAGAUCAGAAAUCCAACCAGAAUCAAUCUGGAUUCAAGGAAACCUUUGGAGAUAACAGAAACGUCCAGACAUCUCAGUCGGGAACAAUUUUUCAACAACAGUCUAGCCUCCAACAGGGUUCUGACGGUGAAUCCAGCGUAGAUUUGAUCAAAUUAAAUGUCUACAGGGGAUCCAACCUAGCCAAGACUUCCGUGGGAGCGAUGACUGCAUCAGAACCAAAGUUUGUCAUGAAGUCCAAUACAAAGGAAUCGUUGGUCAGCUUUGCAGCUUCGGACUCGAGCAGGUCUUCGACAUUUAUAAAGACUGGUGAUGAACAAAAAGUUAUCGAAACUAGCUCGAUAAUCAAGUCAACAGACACCAAACCUGCAUCGCAAGACUCAGUUCAAACAUCACAAUUUGGUAGUACUGGAGGUAAAGCGACGAUUAAGUUGUCAGGUGUUGCUGGAGUAAUUGCAAAACAGACUGAACGAACUGACGAACCAAUAAAAACUUCUGAAGAAUCUCAAUUCAAUAAGAUCACCCAAACGACUGCUUCUGCUAGUGUUCUUAAUACUUAUAAGGAUGAAGCAAUUGAAACUGACACAAAUGAAGGACAAGUGAAGACAAUUACAAUUGGCGAGUCCUCGAACUCAGCAGCUACGAAAGCUGAAGGAUCUACAAAACCUUCACAAAAAUUCAGUGCAAUCAAUAAAAGCUCAGAAAUGCAAAUCUCUGCAAACCUUUACGGUAAACGCACUGCUGAUGUGGUUGAAGGAGUAGAAUCAAAAGUAUCGGAAGGAAAUAAGGUUGCUGUGAAACAGCAAACCUAUGGAUCAUCAGCCACUUAUCAAGAAUCAGGAACUCGAAAUGCAGAUAUUAAUUUAGCAGGAACUAAGAAAACAUCCCUAAAUAUCGCCGGUAGUACAAUCGGACCGUCCGAUACAGAGAAAAUCGCUGAAAAUUAUCAGGUGAAGUCCUCUGAUGAAUCAAACUCCAAGAAAAUCGUCGAUAAACUGCAAUCUACUGGUACUUCGUCAAGAUCGAGUAACAACCUCAACGAAAACACAGGAAAGAUUUCAAACGAGCAGAUCUUAGAAGACCAGCAAGCUAACUUUGAAACGCUGAAUGAAUCUGAUAAGACAUCGGAGAAACAUAAAAGCACUGGAAAUUCAGCAACAUUAAGCAAAACAUCAUUAGAAGCAAGCAGAGAGGAACAACCAACUGAUAAAUUGUUAAAGAAAGAUGUCAAGUUGUCGCUUGUUGAGAUAGAACAAGAAGACUCUGUAGGAGUGAAGAUUCUCGACAGAGAUUUCUUGAGCGUUCGAGAACGUACUGAAAGUGAAGACAGUGUUCAGAAGGUGUCGGUUGAUCACAGUCGAACUGAUUUCCCUCUUAAAGCAGAGCAGAUAUCUCCUGGAAAGGAGAUAGUUGGAACAGCUGGUUCCUCGCAAGCUUCAGAGUGGUCCACAACUGAUUCUAAAGCUGAUUCUAAAGUAAGCUCGUUAACUAUUGCAAAGACAUCGGAACAGAAAGGUUCACAAGGCAAGUUGAAUCUUGCUACAAUGGAAUCAACUGUCUCAAAGGAAGAUAUCCAUCCAAAAGAAGUUUCACUAGCUUCUGGUUCGGUUAAGCAGACACUGUCUACGAAGGAAGUCGCUAAAAGCGUUAGUUCUGGUAUAGCGGAAACUAUUAAUACGAAAGGUUGGAGAACGUCUGAAUCUCAAUUUGAAACCAACGCUUCAAGAAGCAAUUUAGAUGUGACUUCCAGUUCUCAAAGUGCUUCUGGAACAAAUGUGGCUUUCUUGGAAAAAGCUGCAGUAACUUCAGGUUCGAACGUAGCCUCUCAAGCUUCUGGUCCGAAGACGUCUGAAUCUCUAUCUGGGAUCAACGAUUCAGGAAGCAAAUUGGAUGUGAGCACGAUUUUAACUGGUUCAAGAACUAGUGUAGAGAAAUCUGAACAGAAAGCAUCUGUCGCUAAUGUGGUUCAAGGAACAAUGAAAUCUGCUGAAGUAUCAGAUUCAAAAAUAGCCUCUCAAACAAAUACAAAUGUUCAGUCAGUCAAACUUGGGGCAACAAUCUCUGAUGUGAGUAACUAUGAAGAGAUCAAUCUUAGAUUUGAUGACGAUAAUGAUUCCGACGUGGAGUCCGGCAUCAAGCAGUCCUCUACCUCCAGUACAUCUUCAAGUAAGACCACAAAUCAGGAUGCCUUCUCAGGCCGUAGCAGCUCAGCUGUGUAUCGGGGAACCGUCAAAUAUGCGAACUAUGCUACCGGAAGCAAUCAAGCUACGGAUCAGAGCAAAACAACAACUGCAACUAAAAGCGCUGAAGUUCAGCGGAAGAUUCCGCGUGGAAAGGCUCGAGUUCAGCAGCAGACUCAAAAGAGUUUGGAGCAAAACGAUGCGAAGAAUCUUGCUGAUGGAACCGCAGCUAAUAGUCGGAUCGGAGCUGUUACUAUCGCAGAGUACAUAAAGGAUUCUCCGUCUAAUGAUGCUUCCAAGAUGCAACAAGCUGAAUCGGUACAGCAGAGCACUGAUAUGAGUACAAAACAAGAGGAAAGCUCGGUUAAGUCUAGCCAGAAGUUUAAGAAUGACAGUACCAAUAAGCAAAUUGUAAAGGUAUCAUCAGAUCAAGCCAAUGCAGAAGACCGUGUCAUACAGAAGGAAUCAUCUAAUGUAAGUGAGUCGAAACAAGGUUCGGAGCAGUUCGGAAACGUUCAAACUAGUCAGAAGUCUAUGAGUAACCAAGAAUACAACACCAACAAGCAGACAAUUAACGUAUCUGCCGAUCAAAGCAAGGUACAAGACCAAAUUGUUUCUAAGGAAUCAAUCAGUGCAACAGAGUUGCAAAAUUCUAAGAAGUCUGAGACAGUUCAAAAUCAACGCACCUCCGAAACUAGCUCUGGAAGGUCAUUCAACCAAGCUAAAACAGAACAAUUCGUACAGCACGGUAAAGAAUCGUCGAAAGAUUCUACUCCCAUCAUACGAUUCGCGAUCCCUGGAAUAAUCCAACAAGGGCCACCAAUCCAAGGACGUCGUAGCUUCGUCGGAAUUCCAAACUUGAACGGCAUCUUCCCCACAAACUCCCAGUCCCGAGUGGGCACCGUACCCGUAAGUGAGGAUGACUACCCACGAUCGGAAGUCAUGAGGCUACCGGCAACACCCCGACCCUCGACUCCAGCAUCACCAGAUGCCGUCACCGUUUCGUACCAACUACCGAGUGGAACCGAUCGCACCCCGGUCACUCCAAGACCCACGACCGUCUAUCGACCGACAACGCCCGGAUUCCCGGCAACAACCGUAAAGUCACUCAUUUACAGGACUACCGUUGGUCCGAGUGGGGACAUUUACGAUGAGAUCGAAGAAGAACCCGAGCUGGCAAGUCGUCCAACGUUGAUGUCACCGCAGAUUCCAGAGCAAAAGCCGCCCAUCACUACUUCCGGUGGUGUCACGGUGAUUCCAUCUAUCAGCCAUGGUGUCCUAGUUGAAAACACUGCACUGCCUCACUGUUCCGAUGUUACGCUGCAGAUUCCGGCCGACGCAAAGCAGAUCUUCGUUCGGACCAACUCCCCGGCGUUCCGAGUGUUUGGAGAUGGUGACCCGAACGAGCAAAUCCGGCUGGUUGAACCCGGAGUGUACGAGGUGAAUCUUGGCGCCACCAGUGGAAUCCAGUUCAACCAGUAUCGAGCUGACGAAGGCGACUGGAAGAGAUCAAACAAGCUUCAGCUGGACAUGGAUCGCAGCUUCGACUAUGGUGAGCUGGUGCAGAAGCCGCUGUACAGUCGCUCCCACUCGACAACAACUGGCAACGGUGACAACCAGGCGCGGCUGAACAAUCCUUAUCUCCCGCUGGUACCGGCUCCCGUGGAAGCUCGUAACGCGGGAGGAUCAUCGGCGCAACAGGUUCUGACACCCGAGCAGCGUUCGCUGCUUAGCUUGGUGCCAUCCUGGAAGAAGGUUCUUCUUUAUUACUAAUUGACCCCGUAGAUGAACUCCGUUGGCAACUGACGAUCCGAUAUUCGCGCAGAAGACAAUGCUCUGGCUCCAACCUGGAGGCACUAAAAUUAAGUUUAUUUGAUAAGUAUGCUAAUGAAGUCGUCGUUGCAGCUCUCCGAAAA